UGCUAUCAAUUAACCAUCACCCCGUUUCAACUUCGAUUUGUUUACAUUUGUAUUCAAAUUUGAUAAAAUAAAAAUAAAUACUAUAGAAUUAGUUAAAUACUGAGAUCGAAACAUUUGAAAGUUUAAAAAUUUUUACAAGUGCAAAUUUGACUUUAGGAUUAUGCUAUCGAAGAGGGAAAGUCAUUGGAUUUAACGAUGAAUGAUCAAUUCCAAUCGGAAAAAGAUUUAACGGAUUUGGUUCAACUAUCUCAAGAUUCUGUCAGUUCUUAUCAGCUCUCUCAGGACUCUAAUUUGUCACAGGAUUUUACGUCAGAACUUUUAGAAGGUGAAAGUGUAAACGAAUCUGAGAAAAAAGUUCGGAAGAAGAAAACAGGAAUUAAAAAAGUUAGAAAGAAAAAGGGUGAAAAAGUUGACGAUGAAACGGGUGAAAGCGCAGACAAACCGAAGAAAAAAAAGAAAAAAAUCAAAAUUACAAAACGACCGGAACCAGAAGGUGGCAAUGCACCACAACAUACUUGUAAUCCUAUGACAGAAUUUGACCGCGUUAUUUACAGUAAUGAACCUUUGUUUUCGGAUGUCGAACUUUCGGACAAUGAAACAUCAAACGAUGUUCCCGAACGACCAACACGAACACCUAGACCUGGUGGAGUCAUGAUUCCUUGUCUCCAGUUAGGAAUGCAUUCAAACACUAUGAUUAAAUUUGCAAUCAUUGGAAGUGAAAUUCAAAAUUUAUUGAGGGUGUCUUUAAUUAGGCAUGAACAAGAAAUCCAAAGUUUAACAAGAAAAAUCAGUAUGUUAGAGGAAGAUAUUAUGAAAUCGGAGGAACGAUACACAACAGCAGCAGGGAAAUUAGAGGAAGCUUCAAAGGCUGCAGAUGAGAGUGAAAGAGGAAGAAAGGUACUAGAAAGUCGUAGUGUAGCAGAUGACGAACGAAUAGAUGCUCUAGAACAACAACUGAAAGAGGCCAAAUACAUUGCUGAGGAUGCCGAUAGAAAAUACGACGAGGCUGCCCGUAAACUUGCUAUCACUGAAGUGGACCUCGAGCGUGCCGAGGCACGAUUAGAAGCUGCAGAAGCGAAAGUCCUUGAGCUCGAAGAGGAGUUGAAGGUUAUUGGAAACAAUAUGAAAUCUCUCGAGCUUUCUCAGGAAGAGGCCUCACAGAGGGAGGACAGUUAUGAAGAAACAAUCAGAGAUCUUACAAACAGACUGAAGGAUGCUGAAAAUCGUGCAACAGAGGCUGAGAGAACUGUUUCCAAGUUGCAAAAAGAAGUAGAUCGAUUGGAAGAUGAAUUGCUUACUGAGAAGGAGAAAUAUAAAGCUAUCAGCGACGAAUUGGAUGCCACCUUCGCUGAAUUGGCUGGAUACUAAAAACUGGUUUCAUAUUCCCCUCACCAAAGUCGUAUAUAUCAUUGGUUUCUUUACAGGCCAGAAUCACGUGUUUCUCGGACAAUAAUGCAUUUUCUUGUAAUGUGAUAAUGUAUUUAUUUGUACAGUUAAAUGUUUUGACUGUUUUGUGUAAAGAAGGAUAAUGAUAUAAUACAGUGCUUGAAGUACAUGUUCAUUUUCAAUUAUUUAUGUAAAGACAAAUAAAUAUCUGUUACUAAUAUAUUUCGAAUUUAAAAAUGAGAUGUUUAGUCACAAAUCUUUAAGGUUACUACACAACUUUUGAUACCAAGCAAAUUUUCGUCUAUUUUAUGUUUUUUGCAAUGUUUGUAUAUCUGGGGAAAUAUGUUUGUGUGAAUCAGUGUUGGACCGCCAGACUUUUUAGCUACUUUGUUGAGGGAAUCAUGGGAUACAUAUAGAGCAGGUUUCUCCUUCCAAUUUGUAGUAACCUUUAAGAUUUUUGACAUGCUGUUGACAAAUUUUACACAACAAAAGGGGUAGCAAAAUAACAGAAUAUGGUGGGUUGAUAGAUAUUCAGAAUGGCAUUUUAAAAAUCUGCAGAAUCUGCAGUAAAAUGACCAAACUGUCCUUAUUUUUGGCCUACCAUUGAACAAUCGGGCAAUAUCCAGUCCCAAUCCUCUUUCCCUCCACUUCUGUUGAAGGAGACUCCACAGUUGUAUAAUAUAAUGUAUUGAACGUUGAUUUUUUGCAUGUAAUAUUUGUAUAGUAUGACUUAAGACUGGUAGCAGGCCUAUGGUUCACAAAAUAUGCUCCACUUCUUUCCUAAGUAAAUUAUUGUAUUUCUAUAAAAGAACUUAAUUGUAUUGUACCAAAUUUUUAUUCUUUAUUAUAAAUAUUCUUAUACUUUACAUAUUUUGUUUGUCAUUUGACAACAUUUUUAGUAAGACGUUUGGAACUAAUAUGUUUCGAGAGCUGUACUUAUGAUGACCAUGUGUUCAUCAUGUGACGACUCCCUGGAUAUUGCCAACUUGUUUUUACCGACAAUAAACUUGUAUUGCUUAA